AUGAAUCUUUCAACAAUUCUCAACGACCCCAAAGACAGCUAUGACGUCAAAAAAUUAUUCAGCGACUAUUUCGUGCCUCCAGAGCCACCAGAAUCGAUGAAAGUAGAGGAAGGAAGCUCGGGAAAUGAAGAGCCAACCAUUCCGGGUCGAAAAAUGGAUUCCCACUCUCUUCCCGGCCUGGUGAGGCCAAAACGGGGGCCACACCCGGUAAGAAAGUAUGAUUUUGAAGAGGAGUGCCCGACCAUGCGUAAAGUCGAGAUCGAGCAGGGAGAUGGGACGCCAUUGGGACAAAUUCCGAAAAUAUCCGGUAGAAUUGACCGGUUAAAGUCCUCAGAUAAACUGCUGGUCUUGCUCCAUAAACUUCUCUUCCGUCGUGCGGGGGCUCGUGCAGAAGUAAAACGGCAUAUUAGACAAUUUUCGGGAUUUGUUUCGCGGGAUGAGAAGGAAGAAACACGAUUUUAUGAAAGACUUAAGAAGUGGGAAACAGAAGAUCUUUGUGAAUUAUCAAAGUUGCUUGGUCUGACUGAAACAGUGACAAGGGAAAUAUUGUUGGACCAGACUAUUCAAUUCUUAAAAAGACCCAUCGACAGUGAAGCUACAAUACAGAGUGUGUCGGCACCAAUACAAAACGGCUAUAUAAGUAUGGAUAAUGCCGAAAGUCAAAAUGGCGAAAACAUGCAAUUGGCUAAACCACGGACUCAUCGAAAGAAAACAGCACGCGAAGUCUUUUUCCAAAAAAAUCGACCGUCAUAUAAGGCAAAACCAGAGAAUAUGUAUGCAACAAGAAAAGACAUUGAUAAGCAAUUACAGACGACAUGGGAUAGUCUAAAUCCUCAAGAACAAGAAGAGUACGAGAAUCUAGCGGAGGCAGCAACAGUAUUACGAACGCUAAAUGAAACAAUUGCGGAGAGGUUGGCAUCUGAAAAUUCUCAGCAGCAAACUACAGAAACAGAUGCGGAAAUUGUAGAUGCUGCAAGCAUUCUUUUUUCUAUGAACAGUGAUGGAAUAUCAAUAAUAAAUUCAAGCCAGACAUCUAUACAAAAUGAUGUCGCCGAAGUUGCCAACAUACUUCAAGCAAUAAGUGAACAGCCAAUGGCAUCUUUGAGGGAUGUAAUCAAAAUUUUAUUGGUAGCUUUCAAUUGA